AUUCUCUCCUAAUAGUCGGAACUAUCGACAGUCAUUGCUACGCUUUCCAAAAGAAUUGGCAACAUGGAGGGUGAUUUUCAAUUACCCAACGGACAUCUUCUCAACUUGAACCCGCGGCCUCGUAAUAACAGCAAAUCAAGCCGGCAGCCUCCCACUACUUCUGAUUCAAAACUGCCGCAAAGUCGAGAGCGAGUGCCCUCAAGCGGGACUGAAGGAGAGGCUUUGACGCGGCAGAGCCCUAACGCAAUGCCGCAGACCAGUCUAUCCGGGUUAGCUACGAAGCUGCCGUUGCCCAAGAGCUUCAUGGAGAAGGGCAAAUGUAAAGGCAAAUGGAAGGACAAGCAGCCAUACGUUGAAGAUGAGGUGGAGAAGGAUGAGAUAUCAAAGCACAAGCCACUCCAAGAGUCGGACACGACACCUACGAUAUCUGAACAUACCCCGGAGAAGUCGACGGAGAAGAACCACGACCACCAUUGGAGCAAGAUUCGUGGGAAGCUGGAUAAGGACUCACCGUUGCUAAGAAAGAGCAAAGAGAAGCAGGAGGAGUACUACCAAGGGGCUUACCGGAGAAUCAAGUCAUUUGCGAACGGCCCGCGAAAUGAAACACCUAAGAACAAGAAAUAUGGUGAAGCCAAUACGAGCGACACCAAGCUCCCUACACUAAGAACAACAGGUAUUUCUAGUCCUAACAAUCGGGCUCGGAGUGCUUCUGGAGGUAUUACUCGCGCACCGGCUAUUCGUCAGCCUCCGAAGCAGAAGAAACAACAGCAGCAACAACAACAAAAAGAUGAACACCCCGCUCCCCUCCAAAUUAAGAAAUCCCCUUCCCGGCAACCAUCUGGAAUUACCGAUAAUACUACCGAUUCAUCUGCCUAUUCACAACUUUCUACCUCGUCAGUCUCAGGCCGUGCUAGCUCGAAUACUGAGUGGGAGGAUAGGUUCGUAGUCAAUAUGCCCUCUGCCACGGAUCCGAACCCGCCAUUUUUGACAGCUCAGCAAAUCGUUGAGUUUCAGAAGAGCAUAGAGAAGGUUCGGCGAGAGGGAGGAGAUAUGGUUCAUCCCGAUACUUGCCCCAGCCCGCGUACUACGACACCCGAGGGCAAGACCGAUAUGUCGGAGAAGACUUCUGAACGUGACAAUUCUACUACGGAGAAUAAAAAGCAAGACAAGACAAACGCCAAUAUCACCAACCCUCUACAACCUGGAAGGUACUAUUCGCCCGAAGAAAUCGGAAAGAAACGGUGUAGCACGAUAUGGGAAGAGGAUCCUUCGAAGGCAAAGCAAGAGAACCUCGACGCAACUCCGGAUGGUUCCUUCCUGGGAUGCAAAGAGAUUGGUCCAGAAGAGAAGAACCCAGAUGAGAUCCUAUUCUUCUCGACAAUGACUGAGCGCCCGAAAGUUGUCGACAUCUCAGCACCAAUUUCAAGGAAGCCAAGGGCAAAAACAAAACCGACUGGUCGUCGUGUGCCUGGAGAUAUGGAUGACAAUAUCAUGGCAUACAGGGAAUGGCGAUCUCUCUCCGAUAAUUUGAUGAAUGGCCAACGUUCGAAACAGGCCUCCAAGACCAUGUGUCAAGAGCCCGUGUGUCAGCCGCAGGGGAAAGUUCAGGCACCAAAAACCUCUGGGAAGGAGAAUUUGCGAAACUCGCUCGCCGCAGAUAGCAGAGACAACCUAAAGGAAGAUGAUAUUUUCAUGAACACGGCAACUGUCUCGCGUGCUCCAGUCACGGCUAGCGGUAAAACAAUAUAUAAGAGAUCACCCUCGCAGCUACCACAAUUCAAUUCUCGAACCAUGGGGGACUCGACGCCAACAUCUCGAGAACCUAUGUCGAGGUCACCACCGUCUGGGCUACGGCGAGGAAUACCAAGGCCACACGAAAAGAACGACGGCAAUCAAAACACUCCCUCCAAGUCCCCGUUAAAUACGAAAAACAUUUCCAUUAAUAAAACCCGCGGGAAACCUGGGGGGAACUCUGACUCUCCACGAGGUAUCCGUGGGAUCAUGCGCUUUCCGGGAAUGGGGAAGCCGUCUAUGGAGCAAAGCACGAGCACGAAUAAACGCCAAUCAUCAAUGCCGGUUCCAAUGAACAAAAGCAGCGGUGCGGAGAAGAGAAGUAUUUCAGGUCCGUCUCUGGUUAGCUCCGAACCGUCUUGUAAGAGCGUGACUCCAGUCUCAUAUGUUAUUCCAGAAGAAAACAAUAAGGAUCCGAGCACGGAAAUCAUGGACGCCGAACUCGAUGGGGAAGCCAAACAAAGAGCGAAAGAUGUUACGACCGAUUCUCCUAACAACGUUGAGAACAGUGGCAACGAAAACACAGCAUACCCCCUAACACUAGCCCUUCUCUUUGACAUCCUAAUCCUCACCAUCGCAUAUAUUCAACGCUUCUCCAGUGAGUUCCUGGGCAACGAGUAUCCGCAGGUGAUCUUGCAAAGCAUCGUAAAAAUGCUCGAGCACUGCGCCAACGUCAGCAGACACGUCUCCCUCGCCUUCUUGACAUACAGAUCCACAGGAUCCUGGCCAAAAUCGGGCAAUGGGGAUCUUUGUGAUUCCUUCACAGAUAUAGCGCAGGCCGCUGUUUAUCUUGUUUCGCUGGGGUUCAUGAUGAUAAUCAUCGGUAGAGCUGCUGGAUACGUGGUUAUUGUUGGAAGUUGGGUAGUAUGGAUGGCGAAACCUUUUGGAUGGGCACUUGGGUUAUUGGCUAAGGCGCUUGUACCCUGAUUUGUCAAUAUGAGACGAGGAAGGCUUAUGAAACUUGGCGAACCUUGUUGGUUGGUUGUUUUCUUGUGUGCUGCUUUCUAUAAUCGUCUUCUUGACAAUUUAUUAUAAGUUUGUUAUAGUUAUAUUGCUUAGCAUUAACAGAUCACCC